AUGUGCGGAAUCUUUGGCUACAUCAACUACCUGGUGGAGAAGGACCGGAAGUACAUUCUCAACACACUCGUCAAUGGCCUCCAGCGUCUAGAAUACCGCGGCUACGACUCCGCCGGUCUCGCCAUUGACGGUGACAAGAAGAACGAGGUCUUUGCCGUCAAGGAGGUCGGCAAGGUCGCCGCCCUCAAGAAGCUCGUCGAGGAGAGCGGCUUCGACCAGUCCAAGGUCUUCGACUCGCACGCCGGUAUUGCACACACCCGAUGGGCCACCCACGGCCCCCCCUCGCGCGUCAACUGCCACCCGCACAGGUCCGACCCCAACUGGGAGUUCUCGAUUGUCCACAACGGUAUCAUCACAAACUACAAGGAGUUGAAGGUGCUGCUCGAGGGCAAGGGUUUCAGGUUUGAGACCGAGACCGAUACCGAGGCCAUCGCCAAGCUCGCCAAAUACAUCUACGAUGAGCACCCGGAGCUCAGCUUCGUCCAGCUGGCGAAGACCGUCAUCAAGGAGCUCCAGGGCGCCUUCGGUCUGCUCAUGAAGUCGGUGCACUUCCCCCACGAGGUCGUCGCUGCCCGUAAGGGUUCGCCCCUCGUCGUUGGUGUGCGGACACAGAAGAAGAUGAAGGUUGACUUUGUCGAUGUUGAGUACCAGGAUGAGGCUGCUCUCCCUGCUGAGCGUGCCUCGCAGAACGUUGCUUUGAAGAACGCAAACAGCCUGCUUGCUCCCCCAGACAAGUCGCUCCUCCACCGCUCGCAGUCGCGCGCUUUCCUUUCCGAGGAUGGUGUCCCCAUGCCCACCGAGUUCUUCCUCUCCUCCGACCCCUCCUCCAUUGUUGAGCACACCAAGAAGGUCCUCUACCUCGAGGAUGACGACAUUGCCCACAUCCACGAGGGUUCCCUCAACAUCCACCGUCUCACCAAGGAGGACGGUGCCUCAAACGUCCGUGCCAUCCAGACUCUCGAGAUCGAGCUUCAGGAGAUCAUGAAGGGCCGCUUCGACCACUUCAUGCAGAAGGAGAUCUUCGAGCAGCCCGAGUCCGUUGUCAACGCCAUGCGUGGACGUCUCGAUGCGGAGAACAAGACCGUCACCCUUGGUGGUCUCCGCCAGUACAUCACAACCAUCAGGCGAUGCCGCAGGAUCAUAUUCAUUGCCUGCGGUACCUCGUACCACUCUUGCAUGGCUGUUCGUGGUAUCUUCGAGGAGCUCACUGAGAUCCCGAUCGCCGUCGAGCUUGCGUCUGACUUCUUGGACCGCUCCGCACCCGUCUUCCGUGACGACACCUGCGUGUUCGUCUCACAGUCUGGUGAGACUGCUGACUCACUGAUGGCUCUCCGUUACUGCUUGGAGCGCGGUGCCCUCACUGUCGGUAUCGUCAACUCUGUCGGUUCCUCCAUCUCCCUCCUCACCCACUGCGGUGUCCACAUCAACGCCGGUCCCGAAAUCGGUGUUGCCUCCACCAAGGCCUACACCUCGCAGUUCGUCUGCAUGGUCAUGUUCGCUCUUUCCCUCUCUGAGGACCGUGCCUCCAAGCAGAAGAGGCGCGAGGAGAUCAUCGACGGUCUCACCAAGAUCUCCGACCAGUUCAAGGAGGUGCUCAAGCUCGACCAGCCCAUCAAGCAGCUCUGCCAGAGGUUCAAGGACCAGAAGUCUCUGCUGCUCCUCGGCCGUGGCUCUCAGCACGCCACUGCCCUUGAGGGUGCCUUGAAGAUCAAGGAAAUCUCCUACCUUCAUUGCGAGGCUGUCAUGUCUGGUGAGCUCAAGCACGGUGUGCUUGCUCUCGUUGACGAGAACCUCCCCAUCGUCAUGAUCCUCACCCGCGACGGCAUUUUCGCCAAGUCAUUGAACGCCUACCAACAGGUCAUUGCCCGUGCCGGCCGACCCAUCAUCAUUUGCAACGAGAACGACCCCGAGUUCCCCGCUGACAAGACCGACAAGAUCGAGGUGCCCCAGCAGGUCGACUGCCUUCAGGGUCUCAUCAACGUCAUUCCUCUGCAGCUCAUGUCCUACUGGAUGGCGGUUGCCGAGGGCGUCAACGUUGACAUGCCCCGUAACUUGGCCAAGUCUGUCACCGUGGAGUAG